AUGGUCGCCCAGGAACGCGAGUUACCCAUUUCAGAAACAACGAUUAUUGUUCUGCUUGUAUUCCUUUUGGUUUUCUUUCGAGGAUUCAGCGUGUUCAUACAGAAACGUGCUAUCACCGUGGGAUUGAAGAAGAAUGUGACGAUCGUUGUGAUGGGUGAUAUCGGUCGGUCUCCAAGGAUGCAAUAUCAUGCUUUGAGUUUUGCGCAAAAUGGAUGGACCGUAGAUUUUGUAGGAUACGAUGGUGUCAAACCAUUGGAUUCCAUCAUGAAUAACCCUCUGAUCAAAAUUCAUCACAUAUCCCAUCUGUGGCGAUUUCCAGACAAUUUUCCAAAGUGGUUGUUUAUUCUGUGUACUCCAAUCAAAGUGUACCUUCAGAUAUUGUCAUUAUACUGGACUUUAUUUAUGAAGACGAGUAGACCAGAUGUUAUGCUUGUUCAGAAUCCACCUUCAAUACCGACAUUGAUGAUCACGCAAUUUGUUUGUUGGGUACGGCAAACCAAUCUGAUAAUUGAUUGGCACAAUUUCGGAUACACCAUCCUCGGACUUCGAUUGGGAAAGGAUAGUCUAAUUGUUAAGUUUGCAAAAUGGUACGAGAAAAUAUAUGGAGGCAGAGCAGGUGCACACUUGACCGUGACCUCGAAAAUGCAUCGUGAAUUGAUGUAUAAUUGGGAGGUUCAAGGACCCAUUGUCACAUUGUAUGAUCGGCCGCCGACAAAUUUCAAAAGGUUAGAAUUAGAGGAAAUUCACGAGUUUCUCACCCGGUUAAAUUUGGAAAAAAUUGUUUCGGAGCAAACAAUCAACUCACAUUUUCUUCCGUCAUCGACAUCGACAUCGACAUUGCUAACAAGCAAAACUUCACCAACCAAUCCGGCGAAAUACCGUGAUGAUCGUCCCAUAUUGAUAGUUAGCAGCACUAGUUGGACUGCUGAUGAAGAUUUUUCGAUGUUAUUGCAGGCCGCACAAAUAUGCGAUCAAUUUGCGGAGCUGUGUUCUAAACAGGAUUCAAACAAGAAAUUUCCAAAGUUACUUUUUGUCAUCACCGGCGAAGGACCCCUGAAGAGUAAAUAUGUAGAGGAGAUAA